AUGUCCAACACACAGCCUACAAUACCGACAGGCCUCAAUGUCAUCGCCCUAGUCUCAGGCGGAAAGGAUUCCCUCUUCUCCAUCCUCCAUUGCAUCCGCAAUGGACACAAAGUAAUCGCCCUAGCAAACCUGCACCCCGAACUCAAAAUCAAAACCAAUACAUCGACUACCGAAAAGGCCACUGAAAAUGAAGACGACGAGGAUGAAGAAGAAGAUAUCGACAGCUUCAUGUACCAAACCAUCGGUCACAGCGUUAUUCCCCUCUACGAAGAAGCUCUCGGCAUCCCACUCUACCGCGCCCCAAUCACCGGCGGUGCCGUGGAUACCUCUCGAAUUUAUAGACAAGAUGCUGUCUCAGAGUCCUCUGAGGACGUCCCGGCUGGAAGUGGAAGUGACGCGGUCGGCGCUGGCGCAGACGAAACAGAAUCCCUAGUCCCACUCCUAACCCGCAUAAUGAAAGCCCACCCAGAAGCCAACGCCGUCUCAGCCGGCGCAAUCCUAUCAACAUACCAACGAACCCGAAUCGAGAACGUCGCCGGGCGACUUGGCCUGACACCUCUCGCCUGGCUAUGGAACUAUCCCACACUGCCCGCCCCAGCAGAGCGUGACGCUGACCCGACCACCGUGCGGGAAGCGGGAUUGCUAGAAGAUAUGGCCGCCGCCGGAUGUGAUGCGCGAAUUAUCAAAGUUGCCUCGGGCGGACUAGAUGAUGGGUUUCUCUGGGAGAAUGUUUCCGGCAGUGCGGGUGGAGGCCGGGUGUUUCGGAGACGAAUCGUUAAGGCUAUGAGUCGGUUUGCGGAGGCGGAGGAUAUUCGGGGUGCUGUUCUUGGUGAGGGGGGUGAGUAUGAGACUCUGGCUGAGCAGCAGCAGGAGCAGUCUGAUACCGCGCCGGAGGAUAUUAGGAGGCCAGCUUUGUUUGAUGAGAAAUUCGCUACACUGCUGAAUGAGCUUUCGACUGGACCUGGUGUCGUGAACGAUUCAACUGCCGAAACAAGUACACCCCUAUCAUCGCCACCAUCACCAUCACCAACAUGGACAAUCGAACCAAUAACCCGCCAAACAAAAACAACCUGGACAAUCUCAAACCUCAUCGCCCCAGAAGCCGGCCCCGACACAACCUCCCAAAUGAGCGCUAUAUCAACCAAAAUCCAAAAAGCCCUCUCCUCUUCACCCUGCUCAACAGAAGACAUAAUCUUCGCAACAGUCCUCCUCCGCACAAUGAACGACUUCACCCCGAUGAACAAAAUCUACGUCUCCCUAUUCCAAAAGCCAAACCCACCCGCACGAGCAACAGUCGCUUGCGGCGAUACUUUGCCGGACGGCGUGAAUGUGAUGAUUUCCUUCGUUGUGGAUCGAGGUGCUAGAAAUGCGAGGCAGGGAUUACAUGUUCAGUCGAGGAGUUAUUGGGCUCCGGCGAAUAUUGGGCCUUAUUCGCAGGCUUUGUCUGUUCCGUUGGAAGUGGGUGGGAGUGAGAAUCCCCAGAAUGAUCAGACUAGACUGGUUUAUGUUGCGGGUCAGAUACCGCUUGAACCCGCUUCGAUGGAAAUGGCUGCAGCUACGGGGAAUGGAUCUGAAUCUGCGUUUGGGCAUUAUUCUCAUCGAGCUACGUUGGCGUUGCAGCAUAUGUGGAGGAUUGGCGAGGCGAUGCAGGUUAAUUGGUGGGCGGGGGCUGUUGCGUUUCUGGUUCGUGGGGGAAAUGAUCAAACUCACAUUCGGACUCAAGCGCGGAUAGCGUGGAGAUUGUGGAAGAAUAUCCAUACAGCGGACACUCCUGGUGAUGACGACGAUGACGAGGACGAAGAAGGUCCGCAGUUCGAUGCUUGGGAUAUCAAAUACGGGCGACAGACCGAAGAUGUGGUAGCUCAGACCUGGAAGUUGCCUGAUUUUGAUAUCAUCGACAAAAGCAACAGCAACUCCAGUGCUACGACAUCUACUACGUCCUUAUCGCCAUUUUUAGCAGUGGAAGUUGACCAACUUCCCCGCGACAGUGAUAUCGAGUGGCAGGGUCUUGGAUAUCGGUGCGGCAACGUCUCGAUUGAAGAUCAGGUCGAUCGGACGGCCAGUAUAGCGGAUGGAAAAUAUGCUUAUACGUGCAUUGAGAUUUUCAGCGGGGAAUCCGCCUCGAAGGAGAUGCUUGCUGCUAUUUUGGAAAGUCUGUCUUUGAACCGGAGACUUUCUCAGGCUGUCCUGUAUACCACACAGCGAGUGACGGAAGAUUUCUGGGUUGGCCAGGUCGUUCCGUGUCGAAGUAUUUGGGGUAGGGAGGGCAAAGAAUUAUUUGCGGGAGUGGUGUUGCAAGAAGAGAUUGAGGUUUAA